UCUCUGAAGGCGCUCUGUUGUGGGGUCCUUGCGUGUAGCUCUUCCUAGUCCACGUAUUGAGAAGAUCACCAACAUCCUCCUUGACAGAUAAUGACAUUUGGCCGUGUUAAGUCCAACGAUAUUUCUGUUUCAUGCUCACUAGUUACGCCCCUGCGGUAGCCAAGUGGCCUGAGACAUUUUGACAUUUGGACGUCGUUUUUAACGGAUACAAAAUGUCUUGGUUUGCUGACUUGGCCGGGAAAGCUGAAGACUUACUGAAUAAAAUGGACCAGGGAGCUGCCACUGCCCUGACCAAAAACCAAGAAAAACCAUCCUCCUUUUCAUCUUCGUAUGGAGAGGAAUCAUCUGUCACACCCGAGUACAACAGUGCAGGGUACAAGACCAAUGCAGCUGUGACACAUCAUGCCUAUGCAUCCUCUGAUAAUACAGCAAGCUACAUCUCUGCAGCAGCUGGAAACAUCAAGAGAUCCAAUGCAACCCUGCUGGCAGGUACUGCCAAUAUUACCACCAUCCCCUCUGGUUCUGGCAGCAGUCCCCCCUCCUCUACCAAGAUCUCAUCUGGCUUUGUGAGGCCCAGAAAGAGUGAGCAGGAUGUGGAUGAUGACAUGCUCUUUGACUUUCUAAACAGCUCAGACCCUCCAGUCAGUAACAGGAGGGAUUCCAGAAAAGAACUUGUGAAAGUGGCAGUUCCAGUUACUGAGGCCCAAAACCCAACACCUCCUCCGUCAGCCACCCCCCAUACUAUCCCCUCAGCCCCAUCAACGCCCCCCUCAACCAGAGGUGUGUCCAGGACCUCAAGCAUGAGUUCACUGUCUGCUCACGGCAUCAAAACAUCAGAGGAGAGUUCUACUAAAGAACAAAGCCAAGACACAUCAGAGAGUUCAGACUCGGGUCUGGCUGUCCCUCAGGAGUCCAGCAAAGAGGAAGCUCCUCCGCCGCCACCUCUUCCCACAGAGGAGCCACAGGGCCAGAUCCUGUCCAGUCUGCGUCUGGAGAAUCAGCUGCUGCGCAAUGAGGUGGCCUCCCUCAACCAGGAGUUGGCUUCAGUCAUCCAGAGAGCUAAAGACUUACAGGAUGAAUUGAACCAGACGCGUCUACGUGCAGACAGAUGGAACUCUGAGCAAUCUCAGACUGACCGGAUGGUACGGGAACUGCGGUCGCAGGUUGAUGACCUAACAGAAGCCCUCUCUGCCAAAGAUGGUCAACUUGCAGUCCUGAAAGUCAGACUCGAUGAAGCUGAUCAGCUGCUGAAGACCCGCAGUGCUGCUCUAGAUGAGGCACAAAAGGAGAAGUUAAGAAUUAUGCAAAACCACACUGAAGGGAGCAGCAUGCACUCCCAAGCUCUUGAAACGCUACAGGAGAGGCUGCGAGAAGCUGAAACAGCUCUCAGGAGGGAGCAAGACAGCUACCAUCAGAUGCAGAGUGAGUAUGCAGCUCGCCUGUCCAAAGUGGAGGCUGAGAGGCAGACCCUGGCAGAGACUGUGGCUGCAAUAGAGCGUAGAAGCGGAGAGGAGAAGCUCAGGGUCGAGGACCUCCAACACCAACUGAAAAGUGCCAAAGCAGCAGCUGAGACUGCCAAACAGGAGUUACAAGACUACAAGCACAAAGCUUCACGUAUCCUACAAUCCAAAGAGAAGUUGAUCAGCAGUCUGAAGGAGGGAUCUGGUCUGGAUACUCUGGACGGCAGCGGCGCCAUGACUCUGGAGCUGGAGGAUCUCCGUCACGAGAAGGACUUGCAGAGGGAGGAGAUCCAGAAACUUCAGGGACAAGUGCACACACUUCGGGCAGAAAUACAGGAUUUAGAGAAUCAGGCCCUGACAGAAGCAGAAUCAUCCCGGGAGCAGCAGAUGCAGUUCGAGGAGCAACUGGCAUUACAGAACAGAGCAAAGCAGGAGGUGGAGGCUGAGGUCGAGCGCUACAAACAGGAGCUGCAGUACCUGGAGGAAGAGCAACAUCGAUCCAAAACCACUCUGCAGAGCAGAAUCAAGGACCGAGAAGAUGAAAUCCAAAAACUCAGGAACCAGUUGACCAACAAGACGAUUAGCAACAGCCAAACAGAGCUGGAGAACCGUCUCCACCAGCUGACGGAGACCCUCAUCCAGAAGCAGACGAUGCUGGAGGCUUUGGGCACAGAGAAGAACUCCCUGGUCUUCCAGCUGGAGCGUCUGGAACAGCAGCUGAAGAACGCUCAGGGAGGACAAAGUGGAGGGCCAGCCAUCAACAUGAGCGGUCUGGAGGGACCAGGAGCGCGACAGAGAAACACACCAGUUCUCUUCAGUGAUCAGGACAGCCCAGGGGUGUAUGGCAAAGUACGUAAGGCAGCCAGCACCAUUGACCGCUUCAGCAUCAGACUGGGUAUCUUUUUGAGGCGCUAUCCCAUGGCCAGAGUUUUUGUUAUCCUGUACAUGGCGGUACUACACCUGUGGGUCAUGAUUGUUCUUCUGACUUACACACCGGAAAUGCACCACAGCCAUCCUGAUGGAAGAUAGAAAUGUUUCAUUUGGGUGUUAAAAGAUGUUUGUUCUACAGCUGCCAGUGUAAGGAUGAUAGAAGCUGCUAGAACAUGAGCUCUGGGGUCCGACUCGCCGUUUUGCACAAAAAUGCUCUGAAUUAAAAUAUUUCCUCUGAUUUAUUCUUUAUUUUUUUCCAACUGAAGAUUGAUAGCUGAAAACUUCAUUGAGUUUUAAAGUAAUCACAGGGUGAUAUCUUGUAUUGGUGGUCUGCUGAAAGGACAUUAAAUCAAACAUGUUCUCACAUCUGCUCUUCUCAUCAUCUGCUUACAGAACUAUGUUCUCCUGAGAGAUUGUAUUUAACACUAUGUAAAAAAGAAUCUUUUAAUAAAUGAGUUAGAAGAAAAA